GAUCAGGUUGGCCGGUUUCGGCUCGCAAGGGUGUCAUCGAUGCCCCGGGGGGAGACAUGCAUACACUCUAGUCCAGUCUUCGACUCCCGCUGAGACUGAAAAAAGUCUUCACAGCAGAUCAACACACAGCAGCAGCACCAGCUGGCUUGAAGGAGUCAACGGCAACACCCGAUCAGCACAAACCCGCAAACAGACCCUGCCUGACCACCACACCCCCACUUCAAGUCAGUCAUCUUCCCCCCCCACAUCUAUAUUAAUAUACACUCAUCUCAUCCACUCACUAAUCUCAAUCCCCUUCCAACCAUCCCAGCUAUCAUCGAUUAAAGAAUGUCGAGCAUCACCAGGAAGACCACUCAAGUCGCUCGAAGGAUGACGAUUGCUAUCCCCUUCCAACGGACCUUCGUCUCCUCUUCCUCGAUCAAAAAGGAUUUUGUUCAGGAACUCUAUCUCCGAGAACUCAAAUCCUACAAACCUGCCCCUCAAUCUCUCCAAAGCUUGCAAACCCAAGUUCGAGACUUCACCAUGCCUGCCGCACCCGCUGCCCCAGCAGUACCCACCGCCCAAGAUAUCGCUCAGGAGAUGCAGAGCUGGGAUAGCGCCAGUUUGGUCAACAAUCAAGCUCAGUCUUCCGAGACCAUCGAGGUUGAUGUGACUGGUCAAUCUGCCGACGAGUUCUUGGCUUUCUUGGAACGUGAUCAUCCACCACCAGCUGCCCAUUAGGAAGUCAACAAUCUACAGAAAGAAGAUGAUCGAGUGGAGAGUAGAAGGUGUACUAGAAGAUCCACUUAGAAAACAAAAGAGAGCCGAUUAGAUCAGAAGGAAUCAUCCCCCCCCCCCCCUAUAAUCUCAAUUUCCUUAUUCCAGGCUAUUUCCUAUUAUUUCCUUUGCUAAACUUGUGUGGCCAUUGGUUGUUUGAAUGAAAUGUGAAUGAAGAAUGUUUGUCUGAAAGCACAUGUGGCAGUCAGUCAAAUAUC